AUGAACAACGAUCAUCAGGGUGCGAGGGUCUACCUCAUUCAUACGGCACAACAUCCACGUCCUUUUCUCACUACGGUACCUUUUGUGGCCCGCGACUUUGCGGCUUGGGGGUAUCGUGUUGAUCACCAUGCUGCGGAUUCGGCGUAUAUUGUGGAAGUGAGGGCGAGGGAGAAGAUGCAGCAUAUGCGGCGGAAAGCGCGGAGUGCGAGUCGGCGGACCAAACUCAUGGAGAUAUGGGCGCAUGAAGUGCUGGAGAGGAAAAGAGGAGAGAGAGGCAAUGUCAGCAUGACAACACCAGCAGAAGAGGUAGAUACCGGGUUUGGCGCGAUAGAAGCCCGGGUGAAGAAAGCGGGUGAUGUAGUCCAGGACUUCAUCAAUGGCGUUGCGGCUCUUGGUAGUGAGUGCGAUUGCUCCAUCCCCAUGUCCCUGGAUGACAUCUUGCUGAGACCAGGCGCUGAUUUCCGCAAAGACGGUAAAAACGUCUCAAUGCGACAUUCUCAACAGACCAUAGCGACGAAGUAUACUCGUCUUCUAUACGCUGUCCGGUACAACCCCAACACACCGCUACCAGCGUGGUCGAACCCCGACAUCGUAUACGCAGAUCAAGUCAUCCUAGAGUUCUCGCAUCACGAAGCGAUCCAAAAAGAACAUCUUGUACACGCGGUGAGCAGCGCGAUUGGCAAAAACGAGGGACGCAUGGGGAGGGUGGAAAAGUGUACGCGGACGGGUGUGAAGCGGGUGUUAUUAUGGGUAGAUGUUGGGGAUGUCUUGAUGGGAGCAGCAGGAUUUGUUGAAGAGGGGGAAGUGGAUCCGGUGCCGAAGUACGAGAGGGGAGAAGGGCCGCCGGUGUACGUGAAGGGGUGA